AUGAAUAUAAGAACGACCCCUUAGGGGAAAAUAUUCUUGCUUUAAAAUCUCUUAUCAAAAUGAGGGAUUUGAUAACAAUUCUGACUCUUUUGCUCGGUGUAUCAUAUACCAGCGCAGGAUGCGGUUCGCGUCCAGCAGGAAUGCGCAUAAUUAAUGGUCAGAAUGCUGCCCCUCAUGCUUGGCCAUGGCAGAUCUCUUUACGUAGAGGUGGAGGACAUACUUGUGGCGGAUCUCUCAUUAGCCCCGAAUGGGUAGUUACCGCUGCACACUGUAUUCACAGGAACAAGAACCCAAGUGCCUAUACAGUUGUUGCAGGUGCUCACCGUAGGAGAGGGAGUACAAGUGUACAACAAACUGUUCGAUUGACACAGAUUAUUGAACAUCCAAGCUACGAUAACCGUCGAAUAGUGAACGACAUCGCUUUGUUGAGGCUUGCCAAACCCAUUCAAAUGAGUGAUAAGGUUGGUGCUGUAUGCUUGACAAAGUCUCGGCCAGACCCAGGAAAAAGAUGUUACAUCACAGGAUGGGGAGCAACUCGAGGUGGUGGCUCAGCUCCCGACAUUCUUCAACAAGCUGUUCUUCCCAUCGCCUCUCAUGACAAUUGCAAACGAAAAUACGGCAGUGUUAACUCUGUUUCCCAUCUUUGUGCUGGGGAAGCUCGUGCAGGAGCAUCUGGUGGAUGUAAUGGUGACAGCGGCGGACCAUUGGUAUGCGAGGACGGAGGGUCUUGGUUCCUGCACGGCGCUGUGAGCUUUGGGUUGAGGAACUGCCCAACAACACAUUAUACUGUGUUCGCACGAGUAUCAAGUUUCGUGGACUGGAUAGAGCAAAAUUCAGGCAUAGGAGCUGGAGGAGGAGGAGGACCAUCACCUCCAACACCCCCUCCACCAUCUGGACCACCACAGCCUCCUCCACCUCCAACUGAAGGACCAUCACCACCGCCUCCACCAACCCAAGGACCACCUCCACCACCGACACAAGGACCGCCACCACCACCACCUGGAGACUGCAAGGAUCAGUCACGUUAUUGUUCCAAGUAUGCUUACAAAUGUAAAAGCAGUUCAUACGUAAGAAGAAGAUGCAAAAAGACAUGCAAUCUUUGCGGAGGAGGAGGCGGCGGCGGAGCAGGUUGUAAGGACGUAUCCAAAAAUUGCGCUGCCAAUGCCUUUCAAUGUGGAUUUAAUCCAAUAGUAAAAAGAAGAUGCCCCAAAACCUGCAAACUUUGUUGAGCAAAUCACCUUCACGAAGGAACCUGUGAUCUUGGUUACAUAUAAUUAUUAAAGUGUAAUGAUAUAAUAAUAAAGCAUGUCACAUUAAA